AUGUCUACGUGCAUUUGUGUUUUUCCUAAGGAGAAGGAAUUUCCUUGCGUAAACAGAAUAAAAAGAAUGUGCAUUUCUAAAUUCAAAUUCUACUAUGCGAGAUUAUUUAGUUCCAUAAAGUAUGAGGGGGAUGCUACACUAACUAAAUGGCUACAUUCUUGCGCAAUUUAUCUCCGGUGUGAUAAGAUAUACAUUGAGCUAAAAAAAUUGGGGACUGAAUUCACACAUCUAAUUACCAAUGGGGUGAGUUUACACAAGUCUUUUAAUUAUCCACCACAUCUCUUUAUACCUGACUUGUGUCUUGUGGGCUGUGCUACUCACCCAGUUAAUGCUAGAGGUGUGAUCUUACCAUUGUACUGGAUUGCUACUCUUUCUCUUCCUCUUUAUUUCCAAAACAUGCUGCUGUCAUUGCUGGCAAUGUUUGGACUGCUCUAUGCAAAUCAUGCAUCAGUGACGAAUGUUUUGUUGUUAAGGUCGGAAGCCUUCCUCAAUUCUUCUGUGUUAACACCUAAUCUCAUGGGAGAAAGGAUUAGUAGCAGAAUAUAUGUUGCAUUUUUGUAUGAGCAUAAUUUAAAAACUAGUCUGAAAGGCAUUUUUAAAAUGCUUAAACAUGUUUAUCAAAUUUCUGGUGGUAGAAAUUCCGUUCAUCAAUACAAAAAUAAAAAUAGGAAAAAAAUCGUAGUUUCACAAAACGGAAUCAAAAAAUGUAUCAUAUCAGAGAUACUGUCAAAACAAAUUAGGAUUCUGCAGUUCUACACAUAA